UUAAACAGCAAAACCCUAUCUGGAGGUGAGAACACGCGAGAGCAGAAUUACAGACGCCAUGACUUUAACGAGAUAUUAUCGUGUACUUAGCUUGUUUCGAUCCAAAAACUCCAUGUAGCAUGUAUCACUGAGAGUCAAGACGUAGCUGUGAAUGGCCACAGCCAGAUUUUGGGGGGAUUUUAUGGGUGAAACAUGGUAAUAGAACAAGGGUCGCGAUGAAGAAAUCGCAGACAUCAAGGAGUGGUCGAGAUUUUCGUUUUCAUAUAUUUACCCUUUUAAACCGUUUUUUUCUAUUUUUCUUUGUUUGGAUCGAUUAUUUAUCAUCUAACAUAUCGGAGAAAAUGCGACAGUAACAAAAAAAUACAAUUAAACGAUAGUUAUGAGUUCGAUAUCCGUGACUUUUUUACAGACGCCAUUUUUUUUAUUGUGACAUAAUUUGUUUACAAGUUUAAAAUAUGUGAGUGAAUAAUUUUUUUAAUUGUUUUUUUUUCUUUUUUUUAACGAAAUAUGAGAUCAAUUAAUAAAUAUAAGCUAAAAACGACAGACAUUUUGAAUAAUAAAUAUAAUUACCUUCGUUUUAUGGCUGGGUUGAAACAAAAGCGGUUGCGCGACGUCUGUAAACGGGGGUUUUCAGAGUAAAACGGACAAAUUAAAAAUAGUUCGGGGGCUUAAUGGGCCAUGAAUCUGCUAUUGCAGCAUAUAGACAUAUUGUUCUAUCAAACUCAACAGUUGUUUUGGCUUAAAAUACAGCAGUUUCUUUUACAGAGGGGUGCAAGAGCAGAAACUGCUUUUCCAGUCUUGUCUGUGUUUUCCGCCAUAUUUAUAUAUUCAAUCAAUUUCAUGCACAGACAUUUUUCGGCCACCGGGGGGGCUGGCCCCCCUGACCCCCCUCCCUUAAAAUCCGCUUAUGGUUAGAAGGUAGCUCUCUGGUCUAAUGUGAAAAUGCCCUCAGCAUCAACAAAAGCGAAUGCACUGUGGCGAACCGUAUUGCUCUAGCCAAGAAACCUUUCACGAUUGGAGAAGAACUUAUUCAUGCCAGCUAAUGAUUGCCCAGUAAGGGUAAAACAAAAAUAUAAUCAUAAUUCGUGCGUGAAAAAAUUAAUAAUCACAUUUUCGACGAUCACAACAUACCUUUUUUAAUGAGCACCAUUCUCACGACAUACCUAAUUUGGCGAUUCAAAAGCACUUCAAAGCACUAAAACGUCUCUUUCAGCUCAUCUAUCUUUGCUUUUAAUGACUCGCAAACCCCUAACAUUAAAUUUUCUCAAAGUACCUGCCAAUUUCCAACCCCGGAACAAAACACAGACUUCAAGCAGGAAUGAAAAAAGCAUCAAAUCAAUACAACCGAUCUGCGGAAGACAAAGAAACGUGAGUUUAAAGGACGUACGCAUAGCUCGAACGUGAGCAGCUCUGAACCGGUUGAGUGGUUUUAAGUUUUAGCUCAGUCCGCCUCAAUCCAAUUAGCAAAAUAAAAGCCGAUCCGGUGACGCUUUGCGGAUUGGCAUAUUGCCCUUGAACUCAUCAACACAGCCAGCGACGUUCCCAAAACGCUUAAUAAUUCAGGUCUGACCUCCAUUUUGCUUUACCUCAAGACAAAACGAUGAUGUCGCGCCGCGGGCCACUAUAGCGUGAUACUCAGCUCUGAGAGUAAUGACGAUCAAUAAUUCAUGCUGAGUUGACCGUUUUAUCGCAGUAAUGAGGCUCGUGAUGGGAAUGGAGAAAAGUUGGGACUAUGACUUGGAUUAAUAUUAGCAUUAGCAAUUACUGGAAAUGACCUGGAAAAAAUAUUAUUGCAGAUUACUGAGGUGUUGUGACUGAUGGGAAUCUUUGGGUACCUCACGAUACGCUACGAUUAGCGGCCCCCGGGCCGUGAGUUUGACACCUGUGGUUUAGGGUGACGGAUGAAUGGACACAUAUGUAUAAUCCUGCAUUUGGUGGCCUACAUUAAAGGAUUUUGACCUGUAUGUGUGUAAAAAAGAACAAUAGGCCCUCUAAUGACUGAUCCUAAUACUGUACGCGUGCCAUGCUGUUUUAGUCAAGCCAGCCAAUCAAAACACGUGUCAGGAUUUGUUCUAUUUCUGCUUGUUAGGCUUGACCAACUAAAGAUUCGUUACAUUAUAUUAACUCGCUGACUUGUGAUCACUCGACACUGCAGAAUGUUCCUGAAAUGUUUUUCAAAGGUGGGGGAAGGGGUGUGUAAGACCACAACUUCAAGGAUCAUUUGCAGUUCCAUUCAAGCUCUUGUUGCGGUAGCCAACCCCCCCAUUCCCGCACCCCCCAUCAGACAACAGUCUCCUACCAUUUGAGUUGAAAAGAAAUCCGCUGGCAGAAGGAGGGGUCGUGGAGGUGCGCGUUGUGUGUGAAAGCGUUCUACAAUAGGAAGCUUGCAUGUGAUCUAUAUUCAUGUGGCGCCGACACACAACUGGCUAUCGGGAAAUGUGUUCGCGGGCCAAAUUAAUCCGCGUUUUGCAAUAGGAAAUUUUGUAGGCGUUUAAAUUGUGAGUAGACCCACAAAAAAGUCUCAUCCCAUGCUUUAAAAGACGCAUAAUGUCUGUUAUUAUGGGUUAAAGCAACCAGAAGAGCAAAAUUUUAGCACAUUUUUCAUAGAAAAUUCAGCCCCCGAAGCCAGUUUGACUUAGCAACGUGAAAUUUGGUUGGUAUUUCUAACAUGGGUAGACCCACAAAAAAGUCUCAAGAACCCAUGCUCAAAAAGUCCCAGGAAGUCUGCCAUCAUGGUGUGAAGCAGCUAGUUUAGCUAAAUUUACCCAAUUAUUUUGUUGAAAAUUCAGCCCCUGAAGCCAGUUUGACUUCGCAAUGUGAAAUUUGGUAGGUAUUUCUAGUAUGGGUAGACCCACAAAAAAGUCUCAAGAACCCAUGCUCAAAAAGUCACAGGAUGUCUUCUACGGUGGUUGAAAGCAGCCUAUUUUGCAUACUUUUGGCAAUUUUUCAGUCAAAAAUUCAGCCCCUGAAGCUAGUUUGACUUCGCAACGUGAAAUUCAGCAGGCUAUUUUAGCAUGGGUAGACCCACAAAAAAGUCUCAAGUACCCGUGCUGAAAAAGUCAAAGGUUGUCUGCUACUUUGGUUAAAAGCAGCCAUUUGGGCAUACUUUUGGCAACUUUUCAGUCAAAAAUUCAGCCCCUGAAGCCAAUUUGACUUAGCAACAUGAAAUUUGGUAGAUAUUUCGAGAAUGGAUAGACCCACAAAAAAGUCUCAAGAACCAAUGCUGAAAACAUCACAGGAUGUCUGAUACUUUGGUUAGAAGCAGCCGUUUUGGCAUACUUUUGGCAAAUUUCUCAGUCGAAAAUUCAGAACCCGAAGCCAGUUUGACUGAGCAACUUGAAAUUUGGUUGGCUUUACUAGUUUGGGUAGACCUACAAAAAAGUCUCAAGUACCCAUGCUCAAAAAGUCACAGGAUGUCUGCUACUGUAGUCAAAAGCAGCCAUUUUGGCAAUUUUUUUAGUAAAAAAAUUCAGUCCCCGAAGCCAGUUUGACUUAGCAACGUGAAAUUCGGUACGUAUUUCUAGCAUGGGUAGACCCGCAAAAAAGUCUCAAGAACCCGUGCUCAAAAAGUCACAGGAUGUCUGCUGCUGUGGUUAGAAGCAGCCAUUUUGGCAUACAUUUGGAAAAUUUUCUCAGUCAAAAAUUCAGCCCCCGAAGCCAGUUUAACUUAGCAACGUGAGAUUUGGUUGGUAUUUCGAGCAUGGGUAGACCCAUAAAAAAAUCUCAAGAAUCCAUGCUCGAAAAGACACAGGGAGUCUGCUACUGUGGUUAAAAGCAGCCAUUUUGGCAGACUUUUGCCAAAUCUUAAGUAAAAAAAAAAAAUCAGCCCCAGAAGCCAGUUUCACUUGGCAAUUUAAAAUUUGGAAAGCAUUUCUAUCAUGAGUAGACCAACAAAAAAGUCUGAAGAACCAAUGCUUGAAAAGACACAGGAAAUCUGCCAUCAUGGUCAAACUUUUGGCAAUUUUUCAGUCAAAAAUUCAGCCCCCGAAGCCAGUUUGACUUAGCAACGGGAAAUUCGGUAGGUAUUUCUCGCAUAGGUAGACCCACAAAAAAGUCUCAAGAAGCCAUGCUGAAAAAGUCACAGGAAGCCAGCCAUUUUGGUUUAAAAUUACCUUCUUAGUUUAUCAUUAUUUAGGCUUUUUUCCAGUCAAAACACUUAAACUAAAGCCUGUUCCAUUGAGCAACAUAAAAGUUAUCAGAAAAAUCAAUCAUGAAAAGCACAUUUUGAUUUAAAACGGCCAUUUUAAGGUUAUUUAAUCAAUUUCUAGAAGUCCUUCAAAGAUAAUAUUCUCGAGAUUUUUCAUAGUUUUUAAAGUUCUAUAUUAGCUCUUGUUGCUCAGGCCCCAAAAAUCUGUUUUCUAGUCUGUGUUGCUGCCAGGCUAUUUAAAUGCAUGGAUUCCCCUGACGAUUGCGCUUUCGCGGUAAAUUAAAUGCCUAAAAUACAACAUGUUAGCGGAUGAAAUGAGUGGCAAUAAAGGGAGAGGCAGCACGGACUCCUUGGUAACCAAAACACAUUAGCAGAACAGAGGGGCCGGUCCUACGCCCCUCCCACUAGCGCGUAUUUGUGUGUGUGCACGCAUGUCCCUGAGGACCUGACCGCCUCGGGGUGGAGUGAUGAUGAUGGCGGAGACGCGGGAGGGAGAGAGAGAGUGAAAGUGAGAGGUUCGAGUCGGAUUGUCAGCACGGCGGACGAUCGCGCUGAGCGAUAAUGUGAGCGCAGAGCUUCCGUCAUUUCUAAACACGUUGGAUUUAAAGCAAGCGUGGAAUCAUGGUGUUCAUCGGCUUCAAGUCGGUCAUUAAGUACUUCAAAAGGAAAGCCGUUUCUAAUUUGGACGAGGAGAGCAAAUGGACGGUCCACUACACGGCGCCGUGGCACCAGCAGGAGAACGUCUUCCUGCCGGGGAGCAGGCCACCUUGCGUGGAGGACCUCCACCGACAGGCGAAAGUCAACUUGAAGAGCGCCUUGCGAGAAUGUGACAAACUGAGGAAAGAUGGCUUCCGCAGCUCGCAGUACUACUCUCAGGGACCCAUCUUCUCCGACACCACGCGCUCCACCGGCAGCCUGCACGACGACGACGACGAUGAUGACGACGACAAAAAGUCCCUGGCGUCGUCGGCCGAGGACGAUCAGUCGCAGCUGUCCACCAGGUCGCAGACGCCCAGCGAAAAGGCGGACGACACAGACGCCCCGCCCAAAACUCCAACGCUGCCCACCCCGGAGGAGAAGAUGAGACAGACGGCGCUGGCCGUGCCUACCGACAUUGUCGCCAUUAACGUCACAGGCGCCGUCUUCGACCGGCAGGCCAGUAUCCGGCGCUCCCUGGUUAACACGGACACGGUGUCCCGCCGGUCCAAGAAGGUCAAACGCAGAAAGACUAUAUCGGGGCUGCCCGACGACAUCGACCUGGAGCUAGCUGCAAAAGGACGCGGCGGAGAGUUACGACCGCAUUCCAUGUUCAUCCCGGGACAGUACUCCACGCUGGGCCGGGUGGGGAGCGUCAACUCGGCCCUCCGGCGCUCCCGUACCAGAGAUUCUAGCUGCCAGACGGAGGACGUGAAGGUGGUCCAGCCGUCUGUGAGGAAAAUCCGCGCUAAGAGAGGGCAAGGAAUCGCCGCCCAGAUAGCCGGAAUUUCUACGUCCUCCUCCACCGGGAGCUUAUCGGUCUGCGGCGGCGACAGCUCUGGCGUGCCGACGCUGCCCCGUCAGCAUAACGGAGACCGGGCGCGAUUUAACAGUUUGCCCCGCCAAGGCGCCAGGGUGUCCCUCAGCGCAGACCCCAUCUACAGCAGCACCCCCAUCAAAUCGGAGGAUCGCGGCGUUCCAAGGAGGCAGAUUGGAAAGCUCCAGGCGGAUGACACGGCGGUACACAUGAGGAACAUCCCAAGGACAGGCACCCUGCCCAGGCCCAGGUCUCAGGAAGUGCAGCGGACGCGGUCCAAUGAGUGGGGAGGCGGUCCGGCCCGCGUGGUGUUGCCCCACGCCGCCUAUUCCACGUCAUUCAUCCCCAACGCCACGCUCUCCGGUUCGUCCGAAGUCAUCACUCUUGGCGCUUCGGGACAGCCUUCCCACUCGCCCACGGUCCGGACAUCCGGUCCCGCCAUUUUCACCCACAGUUCCACCUGUCCGGCACUGGCCACUUCCACGCCGGCUCGCGUGCCGAUCGAGGGGAGUCGCUCUGAUGACGGCUCGCACAGUCACAGCACCUUGCCGACAACGCCGCCCUCAUGUCAGACCGACGAGCGCUGGAUCUACGACACGCCGGAAAACUUGGUAGUUCCGCACCGCUCUCUGACCUCCAGCUCCUCCACUCCCAUCAACCAGCUGUACAGCAGCCUGGAGGCGUCAUCCAGGACAACCACCGAUUCCAGUUCGCUCUACUCCCAAGACAAUGACGGCUAUUUCACCUCCAUGCACCUGGACUCGGGCCUGCGAUCACGCGGCCAGGGCGGCGGGCACGGCCCGGCGACCAGACACAGCAUGUACGAGUGUCGCGAGAUGGCCGCCGGUCAGGACGAGUACGGGAGCUUGUACAGCGAUCGUUCCCUGUCCCGCAGCAUUUCUCUGCGCAAGUGCAAAAAGCCCCCGCCGCCCCCGACUCGCACAGACUCCCUGAGGAGAAAACCCGGUCCCAAGAAGCCCCUGGGAGGCGUCUGCGCGAUUGGCGAAUCAAACGCCGGCACGCUCAACGAGAGUCUGAUCGCCACACUGCAGCAGAGUCUUCAGCUGGGUUUGAGGCCCGGCAAGGGUGCGGGGGCCUCUCCGUCGUCACCCUCCCACAGUCCCAGCAGCGACUACGAAGACCCUUGGGUGCUGCGUCCGCGGAGCCAGAGCAGCGUUAGCGCCGGGAGUUCGGCCACGUCGCUGACCGCGAGCGCAAACGGCGUGUCCAACGCGUACUCGCUUUGCCCCGUGACCCCCGCUCAUAGCGAUACCAGCAGCUUACGAUCCGACUACGCCGACUCUUGGGGCUACUACGUGGAGUACCCUCGUAACCACGGCGACCAGAGCGCUCAGACCCCCGCGGCUCACAUCGCCGACGGCACAACCGCCGGACCUCGGCAGGGAGAACGACAUAACGGAAAUGACGGAGUCAGCCGUGCCCCAGGAACCGAAAUCCAGACGGAAGAAGUGGCAGUAAAAGGCAAAACCUCCUCCCCGGAACGAGUGCACAGAUUGACUUCGCCCUCUAGCGGCUACUCCAGCCAGUCCAACACUCCCACGGCCGGAACCCCGGUCCCCUCCGGGAUCAGGGCCAUGUCUCCCUCGGGCAAUCGCCCCAGGCCCAGAGUCCCUGAGAGGAAAUCCUCUCUGCUCUCGUCUCUCUCCGGGUCCUCGUCCUCCACCUCCCUGUCCUCCAAUACCUCUGAUUCUCUCAAGAGCGCCGGGCCCCCCGCCCCACCGCCCCUACCGCUGACCUCGUCCUCCACCCCGACCACCCCCCUCAGCCCGCCGCCGCCAUUCCCUUCAUCUGCACCGGCUGACAUGAAUGUAGAUCCUCUUCUUCAGAACAUGGCGCAAACACUGAGCCCGCCCCCAGGUUGCUCCACUUCCCCGGAGUUCCCGCCGCCACCCUCACCCGAAACGCUUUUCCGCCCCAGCGUGUCCCUCAACGGGAGCUUUAGUCCUCCUCCUCCCGUAUCCCUCAAGGUGCCUCCGCCGCCUCCUCCGCUGCCAGCUGCCACUUCUAUCUCUUCCUCCAAGUUUCCUGUCAUGUCGGCGCCCAAAAACGCGGUACCCAACAGUCCCACCAAGUCCCCCAUGCUCCUCAUCACGCCGUUCGCCCUGCAGAGCGUUCGGCUGCGUUCUGUGCGACGGACGGAGGAGUCCGAGCUAUACUUUGACUCACCGGAGCAUCAACCCCAGGACGAGAAGACAAAAGAUUCCUCUCCGUCUCCCGUUUCGAAGCUUUUGGAGGAGCUAUCAUUGGAGUGCGGCAUCGCGAACGACACACCCGACUUUCCACUUGUCAACGGGAUGCUCGAAAAGCAGAGCUGUCUUUCGAACGGCAUCGAAGCGUUGCCGAGGGACGCCGGUUCCCCAGUCAAACAGAAGCCACCUGUCAUCGCCAAGAAACCCAAAUUCUCUUUCAUCCUGCCGCUGAGCCCUCUGCCGGUCCAGGAGGUGAUCCUGUCCCCUUGCGAGGACGUAGACGCUGCCCCGCAAGAACCAGAAAAAAGCGAAGAGGAGAUACAGGAAGAGAGUUCCGAGGCAUCCGCCGAAAUCCAGGACGACUCUCAGGCGUCCACCGGCUCGGACGGGGAACCCUUCCAGAACGGAGACGAUGACGGCACGAGCAGUACGGCGGGCUCCGUCAGCUCCAAGGAGGACGACGCAGGGGACGUGUUCGACUCCAACGGCGAAGAGUCGUCACCCGCGCUGUCGCUGGACGGGACCGCGGAGACGGGGAGCGCGGCGGCCCCGACUCCCACAACCGCACGGACCACCGAGGACCUCUUUGCCGCUAUACACAGGUCCAAACGAGAGGUCCUGGGACGCAAGAAAUCCGAUGAGGACAAACCCAGAUCCGGCAUCCGCUCGAUGUCUCCCCCCGUGACGCCCCCCUGCGGUUCCCCUUCGUCUUCGUCCCGCCCGUCCGGCUCCAUCCAGCGCCAACUUCGCAAGUCGUCCACCAGCAGUGACACCUUCAAAGCCCUACUCCUGAAAAAGGGCAGCCGCUCGGAAAGCGGCUUCCGCAUGUCCGCCGCCGAGAUGCUGCGCUCCACGGACCCCCGCUCGCAGCGCUCCCGCUCCGAACCGGCCCCGGCAGACCCCCCUUCGCCGCCUCGGAGCCCCCGCGCCUCGCCGGCCCGAGGGAAGCGGGCGUCGGACGAACGGAACCGCUACGAAGCGCCCGUUUUGUCGCCGCCGGCGUCGUCGGCUUUCAAGUACGGGCGCUCGCGGACCCCGCCGUCUGCCGCUAGCAGCAAAUACAACGCGCGCUGUCGCUUGCUCAGCAGCCCCAUGACUGUCAUCUGCGAGCGCGACGGCGAGUACGCCGACGCUAACGGCACUUUGGCGGACGAUGGCGCUAGCUGAGGACUCUGUCGCACAAAAUCAAAAGACAUUUUUGGGGGUUUUCAUGGUUUUUGUGUUUAAUUCCGUUUAUCAUGUUGCAAUUACGGCGUUCAUAAAGUCACUGCGCACUUAUGCUAAAUUAGCAUUAGCUCAAUGUUAUAAUCAACAUUUUUUUUGAAUUGUUUUUAAUUAGAUCAAUAAACAUUUCAGUUCAUUUCAAUUUGAUUUAAAGUGAAUAGAAAACAAAUUCCAUUUCUUAAAUCAAAACACUCCCAUUUUUCAAUGUCACCCAGAGGACCCGCCUCUUAAAGGCACAUACACGCGCAACCAAGUAUCAUUGUAGUUCUUUUCCAUGUGCAUUUUUUUUCGUCAGUACAUUUUUAAAAAGUGUAUUUUAAUACCUGUAAAUGUGUCUUACUAAGUGUUUCUAAAGACAAUUCUGCCGUCUUUUAUUUUGAAGUGCGCAGUGACUUUCAGAAUAAUCAUCUGUUCCGUUCGGCUCAUAGAUGUCCAAUUGUAGAUUUUGCACUGUGCAUAGUUGUCCUUGUAUUUUUUUUUUUUUUUUUUUUUUUUGUGCGUUUCUUUUGCUCUUAUUCUUCUGGUGGUCGGCGUGGUUACCAAAGAGCCAAACAACAAACUUGAAACCACACGAGGUGUCGUUGACCUGUUCAAAGUUGAUCCUGAUAUGAUUUUAUAUUCUUCUGUAUGUAAAUAAAUAGAAAGUGAAUGUUUUAAGUCAUACCUGAAGUUUCUGGAAUCCUAUGAGUGAAGCAUGCACUUCAGAUGAAAAUAUUGAAGUGAAAGUUUCUGAAGUCAGAGUUUAUUCAUUGUAAAUUUAAGAUGAAAAACACACAUUGCAUUAAGAUUUCUGGUUUGGGGCUCACGUGAUCAUGACUAUUCACCUAUUGGCUACCAAAUCUUUAAAUGAAAGUUUCAGAGGUCAGAGUUUAUUCAUUUUGAGACGUGAUACUGAAUAUAAACUCAUUGGCUGCCACUGAAGAACAUAGACGUCCAAUUUAUUUUGACUGGGAGAGGCUGGCAACCAAUGAUCACUGCUAGCUUUUCGUUUUUAUUUCUCUCUCUUGCUUUUUUACAUUACAAAAGAUUUUUUUUUUUCCUUCUGAAGAAAUACUAAAUACAUCUUAUUUUAUAUUCAGGUCCCGGUUUACGACGGACCGAUUUGCGCGAUUUCGACUUUAUGAUGCUGGUGUUUUGGCUGCCAUUUUUUUCUUUUUUCAGUCGAGUUAACAGUGCUGCGUCUGCCAUUUUAUCUCCAGUCACGCCCUUUUCACUUAUAUUUUUACUUUUUUUUUUUUUUUUUUAAUAUGACAUAAAAUUCAUGUUUUUGGAUUUUUUUUUUAAUUAAGAAGGUGUUUAGAGGUACUUAAAGGGUGAUUCCGACUUCCGAUCCAGGUUACAUUGCCAGCGCAGGAACGGAACUCGUUCGUAAACUGGGGACUACCUGUAUAAUAUCAAUUACUGGUAUAAUUAUGGUAUAAUAAUUAAAAAUGUUUAUUUUUGCUAGAUAAAAUUUAAAUGAAAUUAAAAAGAAAUUUUAAAAAAAAUUUAAACGUAUAAAAUAUAAGUAACAGGAAUGUCAUUUGAUGCGAAAAUUGUACAAAAAUAAGAUUUUUCAUUGUAUUUUUAUUUUUCAUAAAGUGCAUUUUAAGAGAAAAAUGAUGCGAGUGGCAAUUUGAGUUACAAGCGUUGUCGCGCAACUAAUUAAUCCCAUAUCUCAAAGUACCACUGUAUUCAAAUGUUAAAUCAUAACACCUUCCAGAGUUUUAAAUUGUCUCUUGACAACCAAGAAAAAUAAGUUAAUACAAUACCACCGGUCUACAAAAAUUUGGGGGUAAAAAGUUAAUUAUGGACAAUUUGUACCACUGAAUCAUAGACUUCAUAAUGUAUUGACGGGACACGGGGUCAAAAAAAUAGGGGGCCUGCAUUGUUGGCGAGGCCGUCAAAGCUGACCGAGUGGAAUCACAGUCAAAAGGCUUUUUGUGUGAAAAGUUCUUGCGAAUAAAUGCUUAAAUCCCUGAAUUCUUCAUAGAUAUGGAAGUAAAACAAGUCUCGAUUCUUGGUUAAAAGCACCAAAGAAAGCCCAAGAUAAAACGUGCAGUUAGCAUUUAUUUUACGUAAAUAUGUCGAGGUACAAUGCUAGUCUGUUAGUAAAUGUAGCUAGCGGCCGCCUUAUGUAUACAGAGCUUUCCCGGUGAAAAUUUUUGUGAAUAAAUGCUUAAAUCCCUGAAUUCUUCAUAGAUAUGGAUGUAAAACAAGUCUCGAUUCUUAGUUAAAAGCAAAACAAAAACAAAAAAACGUAGUUAGGUUUUAUUUUACGUUAAUAUGUCGAAGUACGAUGCUAGUCUGUUACUGUCUGUUAAAGAGGUGGACACCAUAUGUAAAUAGAGCUUUUUCCGGUGAAAAUUGUUGUAAAUAAAUGCUUAAAUACCUGAAUUCUUAAUAGAUGUGGACGUAAAACAGUCUCGAUUCUUGGUUAAAAGCAAAAAAACGGGCAAUUGGCAGUUAUUUUACGUGAAUAUUGCGACGUAUAAUGCCCACGCUGUAGCGGCUAAUUUAUCCCAUUUAUUUUUUACAACGUUUGAAAAUGCGUGCAUGGGACGAAAAAUAUAAUAUUUACCUUGAAUCUUCCAACAAGUCACUCCUGAGUCCUGAGCCAAUUCUUCCUGCUUGUAUGCAGUACAGCUUUCAUACUUUUUCAACCUAAAGAUAGCGUUAGAUCGCUGCAAGUGACCCACUGCUAAUAAAUGAAGCGGAGUGUGGGAUGGCCUCCUUUGGGAAGGCAUGACGCAGUGAAUGGGAAAUGUGUCAUGUUAAUACAUUAUGAAGUCUAUGGAGCCAGUGUACUUUGACAAUACCAAAAAAAAAAAAAAAAAAAAUCUUAGUCAUGAAAUAAACUCGUAAUAACCACCCAAACCCGCGCUCAUUCCACUUGCUCCAAGUAUUUCCAAUUUACUUUAGUCAAUCAACACUUCAGUCGAUAUUUGUGCAAUAAUGUAAAAAAAACAUGACAAAAACUCAAAUAUCAAAAUAAC